GGCAUAAGCAGGAUGCUCAGGAGAUCAUUACACAAGGAGGAUCUGGACAACCACUAACUCCAGUCUGCCAUCAAUCUUUGUUAGCCCUGCUUGGGAGCUGUUCAUUGAGGCCAGUGCUGAACUAAGGUAGGUAAUAUAAUUUACGAAAACAUACAAGAAAAUAAAUUUAAAUACAGAUCAGUGUUAUUUUGCUAUAGAAUUAUUAAUGUUCUUGUAUAUACAUACUUACAGUUCAUGUAACCUUUUAUAGGAGGCCUCCCUUCCACUUACAAAACUGCAAAAAACAAAUUAUUUAAAAAAUCACGAACACAUAUUCUGUGCAAAUAUUCAUUAAACAGGAACAGAUGUAGAAUGAUCAAGUAUUGCAAAUACUACACCAAACAGAUGCACGUAGAGGAUAGCCAAGUUGGAGAAUGUUUACAUUUAUGCCUUUUUGACCUAUAAUUUACAGUUCCAUUAUCAAUGUUCUUUUAGGGGGCAUCCUACGAUUGUUACAGGCUGAUACAUAUAGGCAUUAUCUCUUUUAUUCCCCCUCCCUCCUCCUAAAUCAUUGUAUUUUACUUAACUCAUUGUGAAAGCCAAUGACUUGACUUCACCAGUCUGAAAGUAUUAACCCUUUAUACCCUAGAGAUUUCUAUAGAUAGAAAUAUAGUUUGCAUUUUUAUAAUCCCUAUAUUCUUAUUGUCUAAAAUGAAUAGGUUAGAUAUGUUUUAUAGAGUCCUUAAAUCUACACAAUGUAAAGAAUCAAUAAACCGCCCUCUUUAGGCUGCCAACACCACAGCCACCUUGCAACCCUUCCACCUUUUAAGUACCCACUUUACUAACCUCUCCUCGUCUAUUUACAUAUGAAUGAAAAAAAAAAAACCCCAGCAAUUAAAAGCUGACGUAUGUUUAGGAUUUUCUCUGAGCCCAGCAAUUAACACGGCACAUGCUUUUACAGAAAAUUACUUAAUUCCUCCAAUAUUUAUGUUUUUAUAGCAGUUCACUGAAAACACAUAGAAGCUUUUAAAUAAUCAGACAUGGUUUUUAAAAAAACAUAACACGGUUUAUUUUCUCCUCUGAUCCAUCCAUUCCAGAAAUGUUUUAUUCAUUGAACAUAAAUUAAAAACCAUUAACCAUUUGUUUUGUGGUCCUUUCAAUGUUGAUAUAAACAACAAAAAUAUCACAGUAAUCCACAAGGAUUCAUUUGUUUUUAUUUAAAGUUAUAAGCUUCCACUAUUUUUACUUUUCUAUUUUUGAUUUUAAUACUUUUGUCAAAUUAACCAAAAAGUAUACUGUACUUACAGUAUGUAUUCAAUUUUUUGGUGUGUAUAUUGCUACAUAGUAACAUAUUAGAAAUUAUUUCCAAAUGUGCAAUUUUCAUAUAAUUUUAUUAUGCUAUAAGUAUUUUUUUUACUGUAUGCACUGUAAAAAAAUAAAAAAUAAAAAUAAUAAAAAAAAAUAUAUCUAGAAAUUAGAGCACUCUAUUUUUUGGUUAAUUUGAUAAAUGUUCACCGUUUUAAUUGUGUAUCUCUAAGGGAAAGCAAAAAAAAGAUUAGUUUUCAUUAAUUUGGUCUAUAUUAUUUUCAUAACUCUUUAUAUAAAUUUGUAUAAGGGCCAACUUACAAUUUCUUUCAUUCUGCUACUAACCACUACUCUACACUAUAAAGGAACAUUGCAAACACUACUCUACACUAUAAAUUAAGACAUCAAUAAAUGGUGUAAUAUUCCCAAAUGUAACAUAUAGGGGCAAUAUAGUGUUUCACAGAGAUGUUCGCUAUAUUUUAUGUUAUUGAUAUUUUGAUUUUGCCUCAUUCUUAAAACCGUAUUCUGAUAUACUUACGCAUUAUGUGCUUUAAUACUAUCCUAUCACAACUUGCAGCACAGUAUAAUUUGUAAAACCUAGAUCUGGCAGGCACCCCUAUGUGUAGGUACCCACCAAUAUUCAGAGUUACUUCUACAGAGAUCUGCUACCAGGACUCUGAAACUAAGAAAGAACUUGGGCCACCAUUGAUAUCAGUGAAUCUCAGCUCAUCAGAACUCAUUAGGACUGUUUGUGUAACUUGCGGUAUAGUGAAUAGGACUAGAGGUAUCUAGAAUGCUUCCAUGGGUUUAUUAAUCUGAUAAAGACUUUUAUCACCCAGUUCAAUGAAAACAAAUUGCAGCCCUUUCAGUGCUCUUAUCUGAGAAUUGAAGUGGAAAGCGGCUUGUUGUAGAUUUCAAGUUAACUGUACGGUUUGCUGGGAAUCAUUUAAUUUGUCCUCUUAUUUUUGUUUUGCAUACAGAUAGAACUAACUAUAUAUAGAACUAAAUCUAUAUAUUUUUUACUUAAUGGUAAUUUAUACCAAAAUCUGUGUAAAUUCCUAUUUUUUGUUAAUGAGCAUAGAUUCAUGUGUUUUUAAUUAAAGCGCUAAACUUUCUUUAUUUUAUAUUAGAGCAUUUGAUAAUUUGACUGUGAUCCAGACUGAACGCUUCAGUGAAAUUACUUCUGAGUAAGGAUUAGUUCAAAAUGUUUAAGGAGAACUGGUGACUCCCAACAUCAGUUAUUGUGCAUUCAUGUUGAGGCAAUUAGCUUUACUUUUAUGCAAACACUAUAGCGUUCUGGAUGUGGAGUUUUUAAAAAAUAAUUUAUUUUUUAUAAAUGUCAAGGGUAAUAUUAGAUAUUCCUCUAGAUAAGUCAUUGACGUCAGCAAUUCAGUUCUGGAUUUACAGAUGACCCUUUUUGGUUCAAUAUAGAGACUAAGAACAAUUGGGUUGCAUAUGCUCUUUUAGAAACAUUUAAAAAGUAGAGCAGUAUAUUUUUCUUUGACUCACACAGUUUCUUUUUGAUGGAAUGCAUUAUCAAACAAAUUGGUUACUUGGCACUUAUAAUAAAUUCAUUAUUAUAGGUCUUUUACCUGCAAAAGAAAUUACACACAAAACCCCCCCCCACUUUCUGGAACACAAACUAGGGACUUGAUUAGAAGAAAUUUUUCCUCCUUUUGGCAGGACAAAACUAAUAUAUGCUUAAAGCAUUUAUGACCAGUGUAAUAAUUGGUUAAAAAAACUACUUGUGUUUCAAGAGCAUGUUAACAUAGGGCGUCUCAUAGGGCUUUCAUUCUGUAUUCAUACUCAAGUGUGAGAAUGUUAGCUGUCAAGCAAGACACCAACAAUGGCGGUGGUAACUGGCUUCUAGAGUCGAUUUGGGGGUGCAGAAAUAUUCCACCCCAGUUUUAUCUGCUAUGUAAAAAUAUCAAGUUCCUUUUUUAUACCUAUUUUAUACACAUAAAUAACAGAUCCAGUUAAACUUAAUUAGACCAGGGAAUUGUUUGUGCAAAAUACUAGUAAAUAAAAAAACGUAUAGACACUUGACGGGCCAAUGGGUUCUUUUCUGACGUAAGAUUUAUCACCAUGUUUUUAUCUGUUUUGAGAAGACUCACAGGAAAGCAUGUCAUUUAACACAGUAAAUAAAUAUAUUUAGAUUAUUAUAUGCUCGAUGUGAAGCCUGAGCCAACAGAAUCAUCAAAUUUAUACAAUGCCAAUGAAAUGUUUGCUAGUCUACAAAUUAUAGGGUUUCAUUUUACUUGCAUAUUCAUCAGUGUGAAUGGACACUUUAAUGUAUCCAGUGGCCAAUAACAGGUGACACUGAGUGCCCUUCACGUGGUGAGUCAUCACGUUACCCUUUAUAAGACAUCUGUGACAAGAGCCUAUUUAUCUGUAGGAGGUUCUGAGACUGGUACAACAGGAGAAGACAGACACCCAAGCCCUGUCAUGUCAGUACUGAAUGCGGUUCCCUUUCUGAGGCAAGUCCAUCUGCGCUCACCACGGCAGCAGAGACGUCACACUCUCCCGGCCAGUGAAUUCCGGUGCCUCUCACCCGAGGAUGCAGUCAGUGUUUUCGAAAUUGAGAGAGAAGGUAAGUUCAUUCAACUUAUGCGAUACCUUUACCCAAAUAAGUAGAAUUUUAAUAAAAAAAACAAACAAACAAACAAAAAAAAGAACCGUACAAUUUAUAUCUAAAAAUGGUGUUCCAAUGAAAUAGGGAGAGAAAAUUAGUUAUUUCGUAAAUAAAAAUUUAACUAUUUAUAUCUGGAGUCUUGCAGUUUAUGAGGUCUACAAAGCCCUGCUGCCCCCAAACCAUUCUUUAUUGUAGACUUAGGAUGUAUGCCUUAUUUUAUAUUUGACAUUAUUUAAAAAUGUUUAGCAACUUUUUAGUCAUCCAUUUUUGUGCUUACAACACAUUCCCCAAAAUUCUCCUUUGCUCUUGCCAAUUAGUAAGUGAUUUUGCAUGGUGUAAAACUAGAACAGGUUUGCUAACUGGUAAAUAUGUCAAUAGGAGAAGGACAAUUGGAAUUGUACAUAGAAUUACAGGCUACAAGACUCAAGUACAUCAUGUUAAUCGUUUCACACAUCGCUUUUCUGGUGUUGAUUAAAAAGAAUGUUAUAAACCAAAUCUAAAGCAAUUUCCAGUUUUACCAAUAUUGAUGGUUUAGCACAUCAUUUGAAAUUACCCUAUUUUCCUAAGUCCUUUCUCUCUCUAUCACUUACCUCAUAGCAUUCAUCUCCGUUUCCGGAGACUGUCCUCUCCACCUGGAUGAAGUACGGCACUUCUUAACCCUUUGUCCUGAGUUAUCAUUGGGAUGGUUUGAAGAGGGACGGCUUGUGGCUUUUAUCAUCGGUUCUCUAUGGGAUCAGGACAAGCUCAACCAGGUGAGUUUUCCCAACAGUUUGGGGAAGGGGGUGUUAUGUUCUAUCUUCUUUGAAAUAUGCUUGAAAUUCAAAAUCAAAGAUACAUUAAGAAGAUAGAUAACUGCUUCCGUUUGAAGCCCAAUCUAUCUUAGGGAUAUCUCAUGAUGGCCUUUUGUUAGAUGCUAUGAUUUAAGGUUCUCCUUAUAGCAGUGUCAAUGCAUCAUUUGUACUUUUCAGAAUAUGAUGCAUUAAAUAAAGACAGCUAUUUAUUGGACUUGGAGUGAGUUAAGGGAUGUGUAUGCUUUGAAAAUAUGACAUGCAGACAUUUUAGGAAAUACAUAAAUAGAUCUCAUAUUUGGAAAAAAAUUAAUUUGAAGUUGGACCUUGCUGCAGCAUUGAGUCACCUUGAACAUUUUAAGUAGAGAUGUCGCGAACCGUUCGCGAACUACCCGCAAACGGCUCGCCGCGGUUCGCCACGAACCGUUCGCGGUGAGCUCCAGUCAGCUGACACAUCCCGGCCAAUCUCCAGCAGACCCUCCCACCUCCUGGACAGCAUCCAUGUUGAAGGCAGCAUCCAUGUUGAACGGUUCGCGACAUCUCUAAUGAUAAGCUGUUUUAAUAAAGCAGGUCCAGUACCAAUUUCAGAUACAGUCUCUACUUAUAAAAAUCUUUUUUUCUUAUUGAUUUUAGCUAUGCUUGUUAAAUGUUAUGUUAAUAAUAGUGUAAUUUUUUUUUUUUAUAAUGCGGUUUCUAACAUUAUAUUGUUGUUUGUGACACUAGCAGUGAGGCCUCCUAAACUCAAGAUUUAAUAAUUAAACAAUGAACGGAGAUGUUUCAUUCAAACGCAAAUAUUACAGUUGGAACACUUUCAUUUGGAAAACGGUUCCAACUUCAUUAUUUUGGCCUGAAUUUUCUCAAUUUGUAGCUUAAUGGAUAAAACCGAAGAUGGUGUGUUCAGUAACUUCCUACAUUUUCAUUCAAAGCCAAUAGAAAUGGUGCUAGGAUGGAGCUACACUCUGAAUGCAGUGCCAUGAUGGCACCAUUAUGAUGCUUAUCAGUUUGAAGACAAUAGCUAUAAGCUAAUAUUCUAGGCAUCUGUCUUUUUGGUAUGUGAUUGUUUCCCACCUUGCAUGGUUCUUUCUUCUAUAAAAAGCGGUGUAUAUUAUCAUGGAUGAAAGGAGAACCCUCAAUUAAGUAGGGCACAUACCUGAACAAGGAAAUUAACUAGCUAAAUAAUCAUUUUUCUCUCCUUGCAGGAUGCUCUCACACUGCACAAACCGCACGGGUCCUCCGUUCACAUCCACGUCCUUGCUGUGCACCGUACCUUUCGACAACAGGGAAAGGGCUCCAUCCUUCUCUGGCGUUACCUCCAGUACCUGCGCUGCCUGCCUUUUGCACGCCGGGCCGUGCUAAUGUGUGAAGACUUUUUGGUUCCUUUCUACUCCAAAUGUGGCUUCAAAGCUGUGGGCCCUUGUGAUGUCACAGUGGGACCUCUGGCCUUUAUUGAGAUGCAGUGUUCUGUCCGAGGACAUGCAUUUAUGCGCAGGAACAGUGGAUGCUAACACAAAUCCUGCCUCCUAUUAACCUGUUUGCUUGCAUUGGGGAGCCUGUGAUGCACUGUAGAGCAGAGUAUAACAGACCUCCCUUGGUAGCAAAUGGAUUGAUGGACAAUCCUCUGGGGCGUCAAAAAUUAAACAUUUUAGUACUUCUGUCCUUAAGGGGUUAUUUUGCAUUGCAUAGCCAUAUCUGUCUUAUUAACCCCUUACUGGCCUGACACAGUGGAUCAUUCAUCUUUUCUUGAAAGCAAACUUCCCUCUGUAUAAAACCCACACCUCACCCAUCAUUGUCACUGUAUAA